AUGUUGUCAGGAGAACGUGGUGGUACCCCUUUGAGCUGGGAAAAUAGACUAAACAUUGCAACAGACAUUGCACAAGGACUAGAGUACUUACAUACAGGAUGCAGACCACCAAUGGUUCAUAGGGAUGUCAAGACUACAAAUAUACUUAUCGAUGAGCACUUCCAAGCUAAACUUGUUGACUUUGGGCUUUCUAGAUCAAUUCCGAUUGGGAAUGAAAGUCAUAUAUCAACAAUUGUCGCUGGUACUCCAGGAUAUCUUGACCCUGAAUAUAACCAAACAAACUGGUUGACUGAAAAGAGUGAUGUCUACAGCUUUGGGAUUGUGUUGUUGGAAAUUAUCACAAACCAAUCUGUGAUAGAUAGACACCGUGAAAAGCCUCACAUUGCGGAAUGGGUUGGUGUUAUGCUUACCCAGGGAGGUAUUGAGAAUAUUGUAGACCCAACUCUCGCUGGGGACUAUGACUCAAGUUCUAUCUGGAAGUUUCUUGAACUCGCCGUAGCAUGCGUGAAUCCUUCUUCUGUGGGAAGACCAACCAUGUCUCACGUUGUUAAUGAAUUAAAAGAAUGUCUCGUAUCUGAGAGCUCAAGGAAAGGAGGCACAACAGAGGUCUACUCAAAGAGUUCUUUUGAACCGAACAUGCAAUUCGCAGCCGAGGUAACCCCUGUUCCACGCUAA